AUGGAGCUUAUGACAAACCUCUUCCAUGCUUUGGUUGCGGAAUUGGAUGGUUCUCAGCUUCACUCUAUACAUUACUUACCUGCUAAAUCCCCGUUUGUUAGAUUUCUCAUGGGUUUUGUGUUCCCUUUCUUGUGGUACUAUGCAAUGUUUCUUUACUUCGGGAAUUACUACAGCAAGGAACCUAGAGAAAGAGCUGGACUUUCUGCUUCUGCAAUCACUUCUCCUUUGGGUUCGAGUUAUGUCCUUAAGACUUUCUGUGUUAUGUAA